AUGGACGAUUUCGACGAGGACGACGACGACGAACAUGUAUCAGAGCCGUCCGCACAAGGGGAACACGAAGGUGAAGGUGGAGCAGAAGAGCAAGAACCUGGUCCGUCUCAUGGUAUUGAGGGAGGUGAUAGAACUCCUCCACGUCUUGUGAUCGACGAUGGAAGCGAAGGAGAUGAGGUUGUGGAGCAGGAAGGACGAGAUGAAGGCGGAUGGCUACCUGAGCAAGGGGAGGUAGCAAUGGAGCGGUUGCCGCGUCUCGUUAGUGACGAGGAAGGCGAAGAGGAAGAGGACCAAGAGGCAAUUGUAAUUGCAGAAGAAGUGGAAGUCCUGCUAGGAGAGCUUCUUGAAAUGGUGGUAGCCAGUGUAGACACGCUACCGUCCACCAUUGAAGAAGUAGUGGAAUAUCAGGAAUGGCGAAGCGAUCUUGAUGCUGUAAGCAUUCACCUACAGCACCUGAACGGCAAGCCAUACACAGGAGGGCUGUCGCGACUGGAAACCCCUUACCACUGGGGUGAUUUUAUGCGUCGUUGCCACGCACAGCCAGUUCAGGUAUGACUUCCCAUGGCUGGAGGUCAGAGAGACGCCAACCAUUCACGGCCGUGGCAUCUUCGCAAAAGUGGAUAUAGAGAAGAGAAUGGCAAUUUGCGACUAUCGGACUUCCCAUGGCUGGAGGUCAGAGAGACGCCAACCAUUCACGGCCGCGGCAUCUUCGCAAAAGUGGAUAUAGAGAAGAGAAUGGCAGUUUGCGACUAUCGCGGAUAUCAGGGAGAUGGUGACGAUGUGGAGCGAUUGAUAGACACCGAGCUGGAUCAAGCUCAGGGUGAUCACGUGGCAAACUAUUGGGUGUUCUCGAAACGCCACGGACACAAUUACUGCAUCUUGGCACACGAUCACGCAUAUAAGGGAAGCAUCGUUCUUGACCGCCUUCUCAAUCAAUCGAAGGAGCACCCAAACAUCAUCAUGAGGAGAAGGCAUUUUGGAAGGGAUCGAGUUCGAUGGGUGUCCUAG